AACGUCAGCGCGUUGACGCGGGGGUUUUCUCUCGUCGGCCCCGCAAACCGUUCCCCAGUCUGUGAAACUGCGCCUUUGGCCUCGCUGUCCAUGGGCGAGGAGCGCAGUCCUCCGCUCGCUGGUCGGCGCGGUUAUUGGCCUUGGUUCUCGGACUGACCGCCCUCACCUCCCUCCCGGCCUCUCCUCCGGGCCCAUCCUCGUCAGGGGCGCCUCGCAGCGGCGGCGGCCCCCAAGACUCGGCCCAGUACAACUAGCGGCCCAUCUCCGCUCCGGGCUCGGAUGGGAGGUGGCGGGAGGAGCGGCUUGGAAUGUUCAGUCUGAUGGCCAACUGCUGCAGCUGGUUCAAGCGGUGGCGGGAGCCCGUCAGAAAGGUGACUCUUGUGAUGGUGGGACUUGAUAAUGCUGGUAAAACGGCAACAGCAAAGGGAAUCCAAGGAGAGUAUCCUGAAGAUGUAGCACCUACCGUUGGAUUUUCCAAAAUUGACCUUAGACAAGGAAAGUUUGAAGUCACCAUCUUUGACUUGGGAGGUGGAAAAAGAAUUCGGGGAAUCUGGAAGAAUUACUAUGCUGAAUCUUAUGGAGUAAUAUUUGUUGUGGAUUCGAGUGAUGAAGAGAGAAUGGAAGAGACAAAAGAGACAAUGUCAGAAGUGAUAAGACAUCCUAGGAUAUCGGGAAAGCCUAUAUUGGUGUUGGCAAAUAAACAAGAUAAGGAAGGGGCUUUAGGAGAAGCUGAUGUGAUUGAAUGCCUGUCUCUGGAGAAACUGGUCAAUGAGCACAAGUGCUUAUGUCAAAUAGAACCUUGUUCAGCAGUCUUGGGAUAUGGAAAGAAAAUUGACAAGUCCAUUAAAAAAGGCCUUUAUUGGCUGCUGCAUAUCAUUGCAAGAGACUUUGAUGCCUUACAUGAGCGCAUCCAAAAAGACACAACAGAACAACGUGCUCUUGAGGAACAAGAGAACCGAGAGCGGGCUGAAAGAGUACGAAAAUUACGAGAAGAAAGAGAACAAAGAGAGCGAGAGCAGGCUGAACUCGAUGGAACCAGUGGUCUGGCUGAGUUGGACCCAGAACCGACUAUUGUUAAUCCUUUCCAGCCGAUAGCAUCUGUAAUCAUUGAGAAUGAAAAAAAACUUGAGAGAGAGAAAAAGAGGCAAAAUGUGGAGGAAGACAGUGAUGGCUGUCCCCUGAAACAUAAAAUGGAGCAUGAGCAAAUAGAGACACAGAGCCAGAUCAGUGACAGUAGCCAAAAAACCAAUGAGUUCGGAAUAGUAGAAAAUUAUAAGGAGACAUUAACACAGCAGUUGGAAAAUGAAGAUGAGACAGACCAGCAGUCAUCAGAAUCAGAUAACAGUAAAAAGAAAACUAAGAAGCUAAGAAUGAAAAGGAGCCACCGUGUAGAACCUGUUAAUACAGAUGACUCUGUUCCUAAGAGUCCAACACCACCCCCACCUCCUCCUCCUGUUGGCUGGGGAACCCCCAAAGUCACUAGACUUCCAAAACUUGAGCCUCUUGGUGAAACACGUCAUAAUGACUUCUACGGGAAGCCACUGCCUCCCCUGGCUGUGCGACAGAGACCUAACAGUGAUUCUCACGACAUCAUAUCAUAACCAACUCAUGUGGACGUGCUCUGUUAAGGUCGGCAAGAUGAGCUGGAGGACCUUCUUUCUCAAAGGAGAAAAACCCUGAACAUCAAUGACUGGGGCAAGACAACCGUAGCAGUAUCAGUGAGCCAAAGACCUGACUGUUUUGAUAAUUACUUACCCAUGGUCUUCAUGGUUCAAAGAAAAAAAAGAAGCAAAAUGACCAGCAAAUGGGACAAGCAUUUGGACCAAGUUAGCAAAAAUUGGUGUUGACUCUGAUUUAUACAUCCCCACUCAUGGGCAUAUUCCUGAAGGAAAAGCUGUUCAGAAAAAGAGCCAAUGGACUCUGUACACUUUCUUUACUAUUUGUUUAAUAGUCUUUAUUUCUGUAUCUUAAACAUUUGUAAGAUAUAUGUGCAUGGAAAGGGAAUUCUUAGGAAUUUAUAACAUAAAUUUUUAACUUUUUAUAUUUUUCUAAAACUUUGGUUUAAGAAUUUUAAUUACUAAGAUAUUGACUGUGCACUUUUCUAUAGAUGCUUUGUUUAAACUGUGUCUGGAAAAUGGAGUUGAUUUACUUAACAGACAUGAACUAUACAAACAGGAUAUAUUUAUAUGGUUUGAGGUAUGUUUUAUAGUAGUACUGUUCUUGAAAUAUACAUCCUAAUUUUACCUUAUUUUAA